AUGACACGGAUCCUGUUUACGCUUUUUUACGCGUUUACCUUCGUUCAGAAUAGCAUAUGUGCAGACUCUGAGGAGCGGCUGAUGAACAUGCUCCUAUCGAAAGAAAGAUACAACAAACUCAUCCGACCAGCCCUGAACAGAACCGAGAGAGUCACAGUUAAGCUCCAGGUCUCGCUGGCACAGCUCAUCAGUGUGAAUGAACGAGAACAAAUCAUGACGACAAACGUGUGGCUCACACAGAACUGGAAUGAUUACAGGCUGUCCUGGGACCCGUCUCAGUAUGAGGGAAUCGACAAGCUCAGAAUUCCAUCCAGACACAUCUGGCUUCCUGACAUUGUAUUAUACAAUAAUGCUGAUGGCACCUAUGAGGUGACGGUUUUUACCAAUGCUAUUGUGCUGUUCAAUGGUAGCAUUGCUUGGCUUCCUCCAGCCAUUUACAAGAGCGCCUGCAAGAUUGAGGUCAAGCAUUUUCCCUUUGACCUGCAAAACUGCACUUUAAAGUUCCGCUCAUGGACAUACGACCACACAGAGAUCGACCUGGUCCUGAAGUCUGAGGUCGCCGGCAUGGAUGACUUCACUCCCAGUGGAGAGUGGGAUAUCUUGGCUCUUCCAGGGAGGAGGACGGUUAACCCUCAGGACCCAACCUAUGUGGACCUGACGUAUGACUUUAUAAUCAAGCGAAAGCCACUCUUCUACACCAUAAACCUCAUCAUCCCUUGCGUUUUGAUCACCUCUCUGGCCAUCCUGGUGUUUUAUCUUCCAUCAGACUGUGGUGAGAAGAUGACGCUGUGCAUCUCUGUCCUGCUGGCGCUCACCGUCUUCCUCUUACUGAUCUCCAAAAUUGUGCCUCCUACAUCCCUUGAUGUCCCACUGAUUGGCAAGUACCUGAUGUUCACCAUGGUCUUGGUGACCUUCUCAAUUAUCACAAGUGUUUGUGUGCUAAACGUGCAUCACCGUUCCCCGAGCACACACACCAUGCCUAGAUGGGUGAAGUUAGUCUUCCUGGACAAACUUCCCACCCUGCUUUUUAUGAGACGGCCACAAGGUAACUCGGCAAAGCAGAAACUACGGCAGCAGAGACGCCAUAAAGAUGGCAGGGCUCUGCUCGGGCUUGGCUAUGGAGCUCCUAGCAAGUCGGCCAUGACGUCCUCUGCUUCAACCCUGCUUGCUGCAUCAUCAGCUUCAGCGCUGUCUUUAUCGGGACACUUUUACAACAAGGGUACCAGUCUUUACAGGAAAGCAGAACAGCGACCAGCAGAGUUUUUGUCAAAUUGUAAUUCCAUGUUCCAGGAAGGCAGGGGGGCUUCAGAUCUGGGGGCAGAUGUUCAGGAGGCGGUGGAUGGAGUUCGCUAUGUAGCCGAUCACAUGAUGGGCAACGACGAUGAUCAGAGUGUCAUUGAGGACUGGAAGUACGUUGCGAUGGUGGUGGAUCGGAUGUUUCUGUGGAUCUUUGUGAUUGUGUGUGUAGUUGGCACGCUGGGCCUCUUUCUCCAGCCGCUCCUCCAGAACCAGAUUGUUCCUGUCCAUCAGCCAAGUGCUGAUUCCUCCAGAAGGGAUGGGAUGUAA